AGCGAGUAGAUUUGGGGUUAGUAUGGCUAGUAUUGAAUCUGUUAAUGGAAUUGUUAAUUGUGAUAAUUUUAUUGUUGGAUCUCUUUACUAUAUUUCUUUAAAUUCAGUUCCUAGUGAGCUAUCAUAUCCUGCAGAGAGCUUGAGGCUGAAACAGAGUUCCAUAACUUCUUUCAACAAGGAUACUGUAAGAAGGUUUGCAGAAACAGUCUCAUUGGAUCUAGCAAAAUAUAUGCCGUGGCCUGUUGAAAAUUGCAAUUCUUCCGAGUUUUCAAAGACAUUAUUUUUCUUGGUCUUAUUGGAUUCAUCCAUGGAGCAGAAGAUUGAUGAUGUCCAAUUUCAUGCACUACAUGAUGCUUGCUAUCCAAUUCUUAAAACUGGAUGGAAUCUAUUGGAUUCAACUGGAGAAGUACCUAACUUGGAAUUAUGAUACUGGAAGCCCUUAAUACUUUUUAUUUCUCUUAUUACAUUUUUUUAUUCUUUUAACUUCUGACACUGCCAUUAAUAGACAAGCAUAAUAAUUAUGGAUGGAGACUGCAAUAUAUUUUUGGAGCAACUUUUUCAAGUCAAUAUUGGUGCCAACUUGAGACAACUCAAUGCUGAGAUAUUGCUUGCCUUGUUCUGGAGGUUGCUAGAGAAAUUUUUUACUACGGUUUCAUCAGGUUUCUACAAGGAUGAUGGGCAGGGUUGGCUGUGUUCAAUGCAGGAUUUCUUUGUCUUUUUCUCUUCAUCUAAGUCAAAACAUGUUUUCCAUAAGCAUCUCAACUUUCUAGUCACAAAAUCCAAGAAUUCCCAAGGCAGAUUUUUAUCUAGAUUUUUCACUGAAGAAGGUAUUCCAUUAGCUGUCCAACUGGAAAGCCUUCGCCCUUUCAUGUUUCUUUGUUCUCAAUCAGAUGAAAGUUUACUUGUCCAACUUUUGGAUGAAUUUCCUAUGCUGCUUGUUCCU